CUUCAAGCCUUCGCUUUAAACAUAUAAACAAAAGUGGAAGUCACAGCGCUUUUAGUUGUAUGGAGGGAUUAUUGGUAUUGUGCAUUCCCAACAGAUUUAUAAUGAACAGAAAACGGUAAGCACUCGUAAAGUGCAAUUAUAAACUUAAUUUCACUUGGUUGUGUCCGCUUAUUUAACUAUAUUAGCUUCGUUAGUUAACGUUAGCAUAGCACCGUCGGUUGGCCCUAUGUUAGCCCACGUGCCAGUAUAUUUUAACUGGCUACAUAUACACCUCAUAAUUACAUGUUUAAAGAAGAAAAGACACAACCAGACGAUUUUAUUGGACGUUGCGAACAACUUAAACGUUGUAGUAACUUGAAUUAGCCACCACUGGUUGAUAGCAAUGCAGUGAGCCGCCCCUGGGUGGUGCUGUUCCGCUGCUAUUUUGAGGUUGUACUAUGGAUUAGUACAAUUAGUUGUAUUAGUUGUACUAUGGCCAUUGUAAAUGAAGAUGGUGAGCAAGGUAUCAAGAGCCACAUCUUCUUUGUGGAGGACAUCAAUAGUUCAGAAGGAGAAGAUGAGAUCACGUUUAGUCACCAGAAACUUCACAGCAGUUGUAAACGGGCGGCACGGCUCAACAGGGAAAGCUCUCCUCCGCUCCUCCUGGCAUUCAACAUCCCCUCUGGCCGGGCGCUGCACCUCAGCAGCCCGAGUCCUACUUCCAGUUUAGACUUAAAAGAGGAGGAGUGUGACCAGCCCAUUGAGGAGUGGAUGCUCCUUGGAGGAGAGGAGCAGGUGGGAGACUCAAGCAUCCAGCUCAACCUGAGCUACAGGGACUGCUGGGAGGAUGACUCUGGAGAUGAAGAUCAGACUGUGAAAUCAGUGAAGGAUACCUGGGCUGUAUCUGAGAAAGACAAGCGUGGUGCUGAUCGGUCUCUGCCCAGCCGCUAUUUUAUGACUGGUCGUUCUCGGAUCUGUAACAUUUGCCAAAAGACAGGACACCUUGCCAAAAGCUGCUACAGCCAUAAGAAAUGUCCCACUUGUGUUCUUUGUGGGAUACAGGGCCACAUCCUGAGAGACUGUCCGGGCCGCCCCUGCCCCAACUGUGGACUGCCAUCACAUGGCCUCAGGCCCUGUGAAAGGCCCCGGGUGUGGAACCAAUACUGCCAGCGCUGUGGGAUGUCAGGGCACCUCUCUGAUACCUGCCCUGAUACGUGGAGACAAUACCACUUCACAAUACGGUUAGAGCUUCCAAUCCCGCCAUGGACAGUCCACGUCCUCAAAAAAAAGAAAUGCCCCGCUCAUUGUUGCAACUGCUCUGAGAGGGGACAUUAUGGCUAUGAAUGCACUAAAAGGAGGAUGAUCAGUGGGACUUUUCCCUCACUGCCAUACAUUUGCCACUACGACACCAUCGAGGACGUCCUCCAAUGUCGUCCCAAGAAGCAGAAAAGAGCCAAAGAGCUUUUGAGUGCUGGAUUCCUGCCACUGUCAGACCAGCAGCACUUGCCUGAAGCAACAAGCGAGAGUGUUGAGGAGAAUCAGCCAGUCCAGGGGAGGAGCAGGACAAAGCAGGAGACAUGCAAGAUGAAGACGUGGCCAGAAAGGCGCAAAGAGAAAAAAGAGGUGAAGAGGCUAAGGAAAAAAGCUCAAGCCAAACAAGUAGGACGACAACAAUCCUGGAGGUACUUUGUUGAGGAAGUUUGCCCUGCAGACCUCCAAGUUCACAAGCAGUACACACCUCCUCCACAUAAGAGGAAGGAUGGGGCAGGUGGCAAAAGCAGGAAGAGCAGAGAGGCUGAAAGGUGGAAGAAGAGAGGAGGGCUAAAACGUGGGGAUUUAUAUCCCCAUAGUGAAAGCCUUCUUUCCUCCAAAAAAAAAGCACGCCGCAGAAAAAGAUAAUUUAUGAUGAUUGAUUUUCUUUUUCAAGGAGUAUCAAAUGUAACUGGUUGAUUAAAUAUUUUUAUUUUUUGGGAUUGAUUUAUUUAUUGUCAAAUCAAAAAACUGUAGAAUAUCAUAUACAGUGUAGCUUAUAUGCAUGUGCUUUUGUACUUUAACCUUGUUCUGCAAGCUUGUUUUAUGCAGGUACAGUUUUCAACAUACAGUAUUUUGGCAGCAUAUGUUUUUACAUACAAUGCCUGUGUUGUUUUGAAAGUGUGGUUUAUUAUCCUAAUUAUCCAAAAUUAGGGCAGUUUAUAGUCAUUAAAAUAAUUGAAAUAGGGUAAAACGGAACCGUGAUUGGGCUUUGUAUGUUUAUAUUGUAAAGAACAACAAUAAACAUGGAUUCCGGAUA